UGGUUUGAACUAAAAGUGGCCACACAUUAAUUUAUGUACCCUCUCCUCUCUAGUCUCUCCGGUCGUUAUUCCCCGAUUUGCCCUAGUUAGUGAAGUACGAAAUAGUUUAUCGGUUUGCCGGUGUGGUUAAGGUUUUGAAAUUCAAGGAUACAGCUUCGUACAUCUGCUGCGUGGAUAAUGGCUAUGAGAAACUUGGAUAGAUUGAGUGAACUUUCUUCGGAAAUACUUGACAAGAUAUUGGGAUUAUUGUCCAUUCAAGAAGCUGCUAGAAUGGCCAUUUUAUCUACUUUUUGGAGAGAGAUGUGGUUCAAUCUUAGGGAUCUCAAUUUUAAUUGUCUGUUCUUCUAUGACAUUGAGAAGAAAUAUUCAUCUGCUCACAGUGACUUCAGGGCCCAAACAUCAAAAACUGAAACUAUAAAUAGUGAUAUCUUGACCUCUGCUGGUAUGUAUGUAGUCAACAAAGUUCUUAUAGAGCACAAAGGCCAUAUUCGCAAAUUUGGAUUUUCUUUUUUUCAUCAUGGGAGGAGUUCACUUACAUCACGGUCAUUUGACAUUGAUCAAUGGCUCCUUUUGAUCACACGCAAAGGGGUUGAAGUAAUCGACAUUCGUUUUCAACGAGACGGAAAAGAUGAAUACUCGCUGCCGAAAUGCAUAUUCUCUUGUCCAACACUCAAAAGAUUGUGGCUCCAUGGAGUCUCUGUUGAGCCCUUAAAUAUGCCUUGCAUAUUACCAAAUGCCACCUCACUUUCUUUUGUAAAUGUUAAAUUUGAUCCUAAUGAUGCUCUAGAUUACAGGGUUAAUGUUCCUAUGCUCGAGAGAUUGUUGUUUAUCGGAUGUGCUAACAUGUUCAGUUUUAACAUUACCGCACCAAAACUCUGUGAGUUACAGAUUCACUCUUGGUAUGACCAGUGUGGUGGUUUCCUCCCAGUUCACUUGGAUAUGGCAACCGUUAGUACUCUCAUUUUAGAUGCCCUUUCUCUCAAGAAAUUUGUUGAAGAGUUCGCAAACAGUCCACUACAACUACAACCACAUGAACUAAAUGUGGAGAACCUCUGUUUAACAAAUCCAUAUGAUGAAGAUGAUGCUUCUUCUGCUUUUAUUCGUUUGUUGAAGUUAUGUCCAAAGUCACGCGAUAUUCAUAUGGAUAUGGCGUUUGUCGAAGCUAUGAGAGAUUGUUUAGGCACAACGGAGAAUUCAAAGGAACUUCAUCGCGUGGCUGAAACACGCAACUUGCUUCACACUUUGAGUAUUGACUUCUUUGAUGCAUGUGAGAAUUAUCCGGCUUUGAUCAAGGGACUAGUUUCCUCCUUUCCAACACUCGUGAAGUUUGUCAUAAACGAUCUCGACUCUGAAUUUAAUCAAAAGAUUUUGGAAUUUCCCACAAACGUUGAAAUGAAGGUUGUGAAUUUUGGUAUUGAAUGAUUUCUGGAUUGUGUGAUUGGCAGUGUAGGCAUUACGUAUGGCAUUUGCUAUCAUUUCAAUACAAUCAAUGAUUUCUGGAUAGCGUAGCCAAUUAUGGGUACAAACUCUAUGAAGUUUCCAGUAUAGUAUAAGUAUUGUUUUGUUGUAACUUGUUAAUGCUACUUUGGCUACUUGAAAAAAAUGCUGCUUUGGCAAAUGACUACUACGUACCGAGUAUAAUAUUAGUGGAGGAAUGUUCUUAUUCGUACUUAAACAUCUAGAUGAAUGAAAUAUUUUGUUCAAAACCUGACUUGUG